AUGUGUCUCGACUGUGCUAAUGACAAAUUAUUACAAUUGAAUUAUUGUGCAAAUUUCAUUUGUUUUAUAUCUGGCUGUGGAAAGAAAAUGACUCUUGCUAAUAUUUUAGAAAUUACCAAAACGAAGGCUUUCUCAGAUCCUACAAGUCAAAAACACGUUGAUGAUAAUGGCAAUGCUGCUGAUAUCACUGCAAAAAAAAUGACUUGCUGUAAACAUAAGAUUCCAUGGCAUUAUGGACAAAUGUGCGAUGAAUAUGAUAAAAAUAUAUAUUGUUCUGGAUGUGGUUUUCCUUUCCAACCAACCAAUGAUGGAAGAACUUGUAAUAAUGUUUACUGUCCUUUUAAUGGAUGUAAUCAAAAAAUUUGCAGA